GCCAGGGCGAACGCUGACUUGCAGACGUCCCGGCCAGCCAUUCCUUUGCAUAUCCAUUCGUUUCGUGUUCUUGCUCCUUCCUCUCGCUUUUGUCCAUCCCUUCCCUCAUGAAGCUUCUCAACUCAUGGUCACUCGCCAGCUCGCUGGCAUUUCUCUCCGCCUCUCCGAGUCUGGCCGUUGUCUUCCCCGUCCACCAGAAGCGCAGCGGAUCCGUUUCGCUCUCUCGGCCGUCCUCUAGUCCUCAGGUUCUCGCUGCUGCGUCUUCUUCCAGUGCCAACGCUCUCACUCUCGACGACGUUCAUGACCUUAUCUAUAUUGCAAAUGUUUCUAUUGGAGGGAACCAAUACCCCGUUCAACUUGAUACAGGCUCAUCUGAUCUAUGGGUGCUGGGGAAGUCUCAGCCUCUUCCUGGUGCUUCCGACACUGUAAGUGUCAGGUUUUCCUGGAAACUCUACCCCACUGACCCUUACCAGUCUCAAACUUACAACCUGACCUAUGGGAUAGGGUGGGCUUAUGGCAACGUUUCGUAUGCAACAGUCGAGUUUGCAGACAUCACAGUUCAAAAACAAGCUUUCUUGGAUGUAUCUCAGGCUGCAAACCCAGCACUCUCCUACAAUGCUAUGGGGAUUCUUGGACUUGGAUUCGACUCCUUGUCCACCGUGGAUUACCUCGUCAACGCCACUGGGUCUUCUACGGGCCGCACCUUCCUUUACAACAUGUUCCAACAAAAUCCGAAGGAGCCUAACUAUAUCGCCUUCUCCAUGCAGAGCCAGCUCGACACUCAAGACACCAUCGCUGGUAGCUUCGCUAUCGGGGAGACCGACCCUCAGUAUUCCAACGUAACGAGCACGAACAAGAUACCCACAUGGCCUGUUGUUGCACCUAAUCGGUGGAAUGUCCUGCUCGAUUCUUUCAUUGUAGGCGAGCAGACAGUAUCAGUUUCGACCAAUGUGAGCGGCGUGCCCUCUGGAAAGGCCGUUGUCCUGCUUGACAGUGGUACAUCUUUCACGUAUGUUCCCUCAGAUGUGGCACAGGCAAUUUACGGGGGCGUCUCUGGUGCCGAGUACAACGCCCAGCUGGGCCAGUGGGUCGUUCCUUGCGGUGCGGAGAUCAAUAUGGCACUACAGUUCAGUAACCAGAUUUUCCCUCUCAACCCAUUGGAUGUGAGCCCAAACAGCACAAGCGAUCCUUCCACAUGUGUCGGCUCUUUCAUCCCGCAAAGUGUUUCUGUUGGUGCUGGCCAGUUCGACUGGCUCAUUGGUGACAGUGUUCUUCGCUCGCUCUAUACCUUGUAUGACUUUGGAGACUUUGACUCCUCAGGGAGCAUGGGCAACCCGUAUGUUCAGAUGCUCCCACUGGUCGACCCGAACCAAGCAUCUGUGGACUUCCAUGCUCUUCGUGGAGGCACUCCCCAGAACAAUAUCACGUACAACGUUACGCCUUCGAGCGCUGAUGGUACAACAACAGUGAACGUUUCGGCGGACACGCUCAAUAAGGUGGCUCAGUAUCUACCUGCGAUGCUCGCCGUCAUGGCACUCAAUGCCGUCGUGCUGGUCGUCCUCGUCAUCAUGGGUGCUAUCUUGCUCUGUAGGCGCCGACCUAAGUCUAGGGCCCGCAAGGUUCCUGGAAGGCUUAGCCCCAUGCCAAUGGGCAGCGUUGCCGCCCCUUCCAACUCGCCUCGUAUCUCAGAAGCAGCACCGCCGCCACACACGUACCAGCCUGUGUCCAUGGCCCUGACGGAGGAUACCCUGUUCGUGCCUCCUUCUCCUGCGUUCAAAGGCGAGCGGCCGAGGUCAGUAGCUUGAUGAGCGCAGUACAUCUGUGCAUCGGUGAUAUACGAUUUAUACCCCUUGAUUACUUUGAAAUACCACUUCGCGCCCAUGUUUGUGCUUUGCCUUAUUCACGGACUCGUAGAGCUCGGGCCCGUCAUUCUUCAUGGACUCGUUCAUACUCUUUCGGACUUUGUGCUUAUGUUGGCAUCACGCCGUCCCCUUUGCAUUAGCCAGAUUAGGUUGUUGUAUACAAUAACUGUCGUCUCUCGAAAGGCAUACUUAACCACUGCUCUGCUUCGAACGGAAUCCAAGAGCUUAUGAUUUAGUACGGGAGUUCUUGGUGCUACGCACGGCCAUGUCGUAUGCGACAAAAUCGUCCGUUGCUGCUAAUGAUCGACUGUUGCCCAGCAUCUCCUCUUCCGCCUCUGGUGUUGGGCCGUUCCUGUUUGCAGCUGCCACCUCUUUCGCGCUGGCUGUCCAUCUACGCCACCGUGAGUUCUGGUCUUUGGUAACCACGUCAGCUUCACGCAGGCGUCUGACAGCGCCCAAGAGAGCGGUUGCGAAUCUGGAGAGGUAGAAAGGGUUGGAUCUGCGAUGGAGCAGCUUCUCCACGCCGACAGCCUCGGUGAGUGCUAUGGCCUGUUCGACAGCGGCGAGGUCGUCUGUCGCCAGUGCGGUCCGCAAGACGUUCGCCAUGACUUCUGGGUCAGGAAAUAUCUUUCUGUGGUCGACGGUCAGGGGGUAAGUGGCACCAGCGGCAUCAUCUGCGGGGUUCCGCCCGGUCAUGAGCUCGAACGCACGCAAUGCACCCGGCCAGUCUGCGCUGCGCCAGCAGGUCAUGAACAAGAGAUGGUACACCUGGAGGUUGGGCCGUAUCAAAGGGAUCUCGUAUAUCGCGUCGUUCUUCAUACACCAUUCGAUUGUCUGGAGCGCCGGAGCGGACUCGCUCUGCGAACCGAGCGACGACAGACCGACGUGGGCGCGCAGCAGCUUCUGGAAGUGUGUGGCGUCCAGGAGCUCCCGCGUUGAACGGUCGCUAAAGUCGAUGGCGUCCAUGACCUGGCGCAUGUAGUGCACCGUCAGCCUGUACUUCUGCGCCGCGUUGCAGAGCUGGAGCGCGGCGUCCAGCGACCGGCUGGACAGUCUCUGUAUGAAUCCGGGCGUAGGUUCUUCUCCUGGCUUGGCGAGGCCGAGGUACUCGCGGAUUAUCUCGAAUGCGAACGUCUGGUCGGACGGCCGGCCGCGGGUGAGUGCGCGGACGGCGCUCGAAAGCACCCGGUCGUCUAUCUCGAAGUUGCCGUGCUUCUUGUGCGCCUUGUGCAUUUGCAUCCAGACGUGUUUUG